UUGCCAUUAAGUAAAUUAUAUGUUAAUCUGUUUAAUUUAAGAGUGUAUCACAAAUUUAGUUAUAGUGUUAAAUGUUACAGUGAAAAUCUACAUAUUCAAUGGGGUGCUUAAGUAGUAAAGAUCGCCUAACAAAAGAAGAUAUGGAGUUUUUGAAAACCCACACCCGUUAUGAUGAAGCCACUAUAAAAGAAUGGUACAAAGGAUUUAAGCAAGACUGUCCCAACGGCCGUUUGACUCCUGCUAAAUUCGUUGACAUGUAUAAAAUGUUUUUCCCAUCUGGAAAUGCGGAAGAGUUCUGUGACCAUGUUUUUCGUACAUUCGAUAUGGAUAAAAAUGGCUAUAUUGACUUUAAGGAAUUUUUACUCGCAAUAGAUGUUACUUCUAGCGGCACACCAGAAGAAAAAUUAAAAUGGGCAUUUAGAAUGUAUGAUGUCGAUGGAAAUGGCGUUAUUGACAUUCAAGAAAUGACAAAAAUUGUUCAGGCAAUCUAUGACAUGCUAGGAGCAUGCUCAUCAAAUCGUCCCGCUGAUUCUGCAGAGGAGCGUGCAAAAAAUAUAUUUGCUAAAAUGGAUGAAAAUAACGAUGGUCAAUUAACUCAAGAUGAAUUUUUGAAAGGAUGUUUGCAGGAUGAAGAGUUGUCUAAAAUGCUGGCCCCUUAAAUAAUUAUAUCCCAUAAUAUGUGUGUAUUUGAUGAAAU